CAGUGCAUCAGCUGAUAGCGGCAGAGCAGCACCACAGCCGUGCUACUCUUUUAGUGAAAAGUUAGGAUACACUACUGAGUUGUACCUGUUUUAUCAUCGACAAAAAGUGGAGGAGACUAAACCUAUUAUUGAUGGUUUUUGUUCUUUGACCAGAAACCCUCCUUUUGGAGAAAGUGAUUUAUUCGCAGCAGACUUCUGACUUCUGCUCCUCGGCGUCACAGCUUUUCUCUCCUCGAGGAUUUAUACCACGCAGGCACAGUAUCAAGGUGUUUCACGGGACUACUCCAAUCACAUUUCUCUCUGCGGGCUUUGGGGAUUGCACAGAGGGCAUUAAGGAUCCGGAUUUGUCCUCACAGCCAGGAUGAUGAUCUGUUGCCUCCAAACUCUGCUGUUGUUGGGGGCUCAGCUGGUUUUGUCAAUCCCAAACAGCUUCUUCUACCAUGACUUCCUCAAUGGAAAUGGCAACAAAGAAAUUCAUUUCAGUGGCGUAAAGCUCCAUGUGGACUCUGCUCAGCCAUCAGUGUUUGCAGUCACAGGGGGUAAUGCCACCAUGCCAUGCAGUUUUUGGUAUGAGCCUGAGUUGAGCUCGCCAAGGGACAUACGGGUCAAGUGGUCCUGGCUCCCGACUGCUGCUGGGGGACAGGAGACAGACGUGCUGGUGGCUAUCGGCUCCCGCAGUCGAACUUUUGGGGACUUCAGGGGUCGUGUGCAGCUCAGACGGGAUUUCCCAGGAGAUGCUGCACUUGUGAUGACUAAACUCCUGUUGAAUGAUGCAGGCCGUUACCACUGCGAGGUGGUGGACGGACUGGAGGACAAGAGCACUUCAGUUUAUCUGGAGUUACAAGGUGUGGUGUUCCCCUACCAGCACCCUCGUGGUCAUUACCAUCUCAGCUUCCUGGGAGCCCAGCAGGCCUGUGAGGAGCAGGGCUCGAUCCUGGCCACCUUCACACAGCUCUUCCAGUCCUGGAAGGAGGGCCUGAACUGGUGCAAUGCAGGCUGGCUGGCUGACGGGACAGUCCAGUACCCCAUCACCCAGCCCAGAGUGCCCUGCGGGGGGCAUGGCCUCGCCCCGGGUGUCCGGAGCUACGGCAGACGACACCUUCACCUUCAUCGCUACGAUGUCUUCUGCUUCUCCUCUUCACUCCGAGGGAAAGUCUACUAUCUUAAGCCCUCUCACAAGAUGAACCUGACUGAGGCUCAGCAGGCGUGUCGGGAGGACGGAGCAGAGGUCGCCAAGGUGGGACAGCUCUACGCCGCCUGGAAACUCACAGGGCUGGACAGCUGUGACGCUGGCUGGCUGGCUGAUGGAAGUGUUCGGUAUCCCAUCACAAGGCCACGAAGAAACUGUGGCCCCUCGGAGCCCGGGGUGCGCAGCUUUGGCUUCCCACCUCCCCAGCACAAGCAUGGAGUCUACUGCUACAAGGUAACAUGGAGAAAAAACUCUUUUUCACUCAGUCUUUGUUUAAACGGGUUAGAGUGUGUUGAUGGGUCACGGGUAGAUAUGGCUUACAAGUAACAAGUGAAAAAGGUUGGGAACCACUGGUGUAAAACCUUAGUUUAGUUUUAUCUACAUCCCACUGUAAUUUUUCUGUGAUUUUCUAUUUUUGUACAUGUGAGCAAAGCCUUUACUUUACUAUGAUGUCUCAGUUAAUGCUAUCAAGCAUUAAUAAUAUUAAAGCUAUUCAAAUUAUUCUAUUCGCCGAUGAAGGCCAAGACAUGUGAUUCAGAAAAAGUUGGACAUUGAGUUAAGAUUUGCUUCUCAGUUCUACUGUAUAACCAUGUAACUCAGCUGAUUUUCACAUCACUUAAUUUUUACAUCAUUGGAAUUAAAUUAUUUUAAUAACAAAUUUUUGUAUAACAAAUGCUUUUCCUAACCAUUAAAAUUGUACAGAAGA